AUGAGCCGGAAUAAACCCAUAUCAGAUGAUCUUAUUGCCCAGGAGUUGGAAGAAAUGUUCGGAAUUCCAGAUGGUAUGAUUUCUGAAGAUGAUUUGGAAGAAUCGGAUUCAGAACAAGGUGCAGAAGAAGAUUUGGUAAGGGUACUAACAGGUGAUGAUGUUCUACUUAGUUCAACGGCAAUAUCGUCUCCAUCCUCAUCAACUUGUCAAAGUCCUUCACUCCCCAGACUCCAAAGCGCUUCAAGAUCUACACCAGCAGUCCCACAUCAAAGUCCUUCAGCUUCAAGACUUCAAAGUGCUUCAAGAUCUGCACCACUACCUCCACAACAACAAAGCCCUUCAGUCGCAAGACUCCAGAGUGACGCAGCACCAAUAGCAUCACCAUAUCCGCCAGAUAGGAUUGAUGGAGUGAGUGAAUUAUCGGAUUUUUCGUCUUCAGAUUCAGAUUCGGACAUAGAUGAGACUGAUUGGAAAAAACAAGAAUGGACCCAGAAUCCAGAUCUCAGCUAUUUCGAUACUCCGCACAUUCAGUCUUCAAAACAACUUCCAAACAGAACGAAACCUCUGACCUACUUUGGUUUAUUUUUUAGUGAUGAUGUACUACAGAUGAUUGUAGACCAAACUAAUUUAUACGCUUCGCAAGUAGGUAACAGGAAUUGGACACCAACCACUGUUGAAGAAAUCAAGGCUUUUCUUGGCGUUCUCAUUCAAAUGGGUAUUCAUGUUUUGCCGAGUAUUGAGGACUAUUGGUCAAGUGACCCUGUACUACAAGUGCCAGAAAUAGCUGAAACAAUGACUCUAAAGAGAUUUCAGCACAUCAUGAAGCAUUUGCACCUCAACGAUAAUUCGCAGAUGCCGGCCAGAGAUAGUGAUGAUUAUGAUAAACUCUACAAGAUAAGGCCUCUGCUUGAAAAAUUGAAUGAGAAGUGCCAAGAAAGUGCUAUAACAACAAAUUCUCAAUCAAUAGACGAGUGCAUGAUCAAAUUCAAAGGCCGUAGUAGCCUAAAACAAUACAUGCCUAUGAAGCCGGUGAAGCGUGGCUAUAAGGUUUGGGUUAGGGCAGACAGCUCUACAGGUUACGUUUACAUGUUUCGUAUUUAUACUGGAAAGACUGAUACGACGGAGACAGGAUUGGGAAGCAAUGUGAUCAAGUCAUUGUGUGAGCCUUUGAUCAGAGCAAAUUAUCGUGGUCAUUUAGCAUUUGAUAACUUUUUUUCGAGUACUGAUUUGUUACAGUAUUUGUUCGAUCAUGAAAUAUAUUCAACAGCAACGGUAAGAAGUGACAGGCAAGAUUUACCUCUUUUAGUAAAGAAGCCGAAACUUACUGGAGACAAGGAGGCAGACAGCAAAACUGCAGAGGCUUCUAAAAGACAAAAUGCACGGGUGAAAAAGAUGAAGAGGGGUAAAUGGAAGUGGAGAGUGAAAAGGAAUGUUGCGUUUGCUGUAUGGAGAGACACGAAACAAGUAACUGUUUUGAGUACUGCUUUUCACCCAAAACAAAGAAGGACUUGCUCGCGCACCCAAAAAGAUGGGACAAAGAAAGCUUAUAAUUGUCCUCAAAUGAUACCUGAGUACACGAAGCGGAUGGGUGGUGUGGACAGGUUUGAUCAGAAAAGGACUCCUUAUGCUGUGGGAAGGAAAAGUAAAAAAUGGUGGAAGAGAAUAUUCUACUUUCUUAUUGAUCUCGCGAUCACAAAUGCUUAUAUACUAUAUAAGAGUAAUUCACGAGUACAUAACGUAAUGACCCAAAAGUAUUUCCGGAUUGCACUAUCAAAAGAACUGAUCAAUAACCUGUCAUUUCGAAAGAGAAGCUUUCAUUCAAUGCCCAAAUACAACAUCAAGAAAAGUAAGCAGAGUAAUGAGAGACAGAAAACAGUGCACAGUGUUCCAGAUGGACUGAGGACUGAACAGUUGGGAGAACAUUGGCCAGUGGAAAUAGAAACAUACAAACGUUGUAGAUUAUGCAGCACUAAGACAAAUAACAAGAGAUCAAAAAUAAUAUGUGAAAGAUGCGAAGUUCCUUUAUGUAUAAGUCCCUGUUUUCGACAAUUUCAUUUUGAUUGA